AUGUCUUUGCAGAGGAAAGUUAAGAAGAGAUGUGGUAGUCAUCAAAGAGUUCAACAAAUUAAAAGAAUAAAACAUGACAAUACUCUUGUAGAUAAAGAAAUGACAGCUCCUGUAUCAGCUGAUGGAAUUGAUGCACCAAACAAAAUGAUUCAGUGUAGUGUACAUGAUGGAAAUAAAUCAAAUAACAUUUUAUACAGUGGAGGGUCAUCACAGAUUCAGUGUAAAAAACCUUUAUUCAGGAAACAAGUAGAAAACACACAUUUACAUGUGGACGGUGCUAAGGAAGUGGAUUCAGUGCAACUUGUAGAAGAGAAUGAAUGCAUAUUCCCAGACUUGACAACAUCAACUCCAUGUACAACAAUAUCCAAGGGUUCAUUGUCAACUUUACCAACAGAAAGUCCAGUAAUAAAUUUGGACACUUGUAACAUUGCAAUAACAGAUGAAAAACACUGCCACAGAGAACUGAGCUUUGUCGCGGAGAAUACUGACUGGGAUUAUGAUGAUAGCAGUUUUUUUGCCAAUGUUGAUCUCAGUAAUAUUGUUGCAGAGUGCAACGGAAAAGUAGAAGAUGGGGUGGAUAUAACAAAUGUUUCUAGAAAAGAAAUUGUUGAACAGUGCAAUAAAGAUGGUAGUAGCAAGAAUUCAGAAUUGCCUUCUGUUUCCCAUACAAGUGAUUGCGUCAGUGUGACUGGCAUUAAAGCUACACUUGUAUCAGAAACUGUUCAAACAGUUGAUAAUAAAGUACAUGUACUAUACCAAGCAUAUAAUAAUAACAAUAAUAUGAAUAUUUGGGAUAAGACUGAUAACUCAUCGAUUAAUUGCAAACAGUCUGUUGUCACAACACCUGUGAGUAGACUAACAAUGAAAGAUCGUAUCAAACAGAGAUUGCAGUAUAAUGCUAAGAUAGAAACGCCACAACAGAACAAAUUGAUGCAGUUAAAACAAGCUACAAUUCAGGAAGCGAUAACAAUUGCAAAAAAAAUGGAAGAGAAAGUUACUGAUGGAGAUAUAGGUCCGUUUUAUGGACUUCCCAGUAAAGUGAAGGAAUUACUGAAAAUGACCAGAGGAAUUGACAAGUUAUAUGAUUGGCAAAAUUCCUGCUUAACUUUACCCGCUGUGACAGAAAAUAAAAAUUUGAUUUAUUCUCUACCUACAAGCGGUGGUAAAACAUUAGUAGCUGAGAUCCUGAUUAUGCAGCAAUUAUUAUGCAAUAAAAGAGAUGCACUUCUCAUAUUACCAUUUGUCUCGAUAGUACAAGAGAAGGUGAGAAAUUUGUCACAGUUUGCAUUGGAAUUGGGAUUUCUUGUUGAAGAAUAUGCUGGCAGUAAAGGGGCUAUGCCACCCAGGAAGCGACGAAAAAAGCAAACGUUAUACAUUGCAACUAUAGAGAAAGCACAUAGCUUAGUGAAUUGUCUUAUUGCAGAAAAACGAAUAGACAACAUUGGCUUAGCAGUGGUCGAUGAGCUUCACAUGCUUGGUGAAGGUGGUAGAAGAGGAGCAGCUCUAGAGAUGGUACUCACAAAGCUGCUAUUUGUAAAAACUACUCAGAUAAUUGGUAUGAGUGCUACACUGAAUAAUAUUGAAGAUCUACAGCAGUUUUUACAUGCACAAAUAUACACCAGUAAUUUUAGACCAGUUGAACUUAAAGAGUAUGUAAAGGUAGAAGACAGUAUCUUUGAAAUAAAAUCAAAUGCUUUGUUUAAACUCUACAUACAAUGUAUCUUUUCUCAGUACUAUAAAGGUGCAAUAUUACAAGAAGAUCCGGAUCAUCUAUUGGGUUUAGUAUUAGAAGUUAUUCCAAACCAUUCUUGUCUUGUAUUCUGUUCUACUAAAAGAAAUUGUCAACAUGUUGCUGAAAUGCUGUGUCGUCAUAUGUCAAGAAAAAUUAUGGAUCACAAAAGAAAAGAAAAGAAAGAAUUGUUGGAAUCGCUGAAAAGAGAAUGUGAAGAUAAUGUAUGUUCUACUUUACGUCGUACUAUUCCAUAUGGCAUUGCAUAUCAUCAUAGUGGUUUGACCAUGGAUGAAAGGAAACUCAUAGAGGAUUCAUACUCAGAAGGAACUUUGUGCCUACUCACUAGUACCUCUACUUUAACUGCUGGUGUGAACUUGCAUAUAAAAUGUGUUAUCUUGAGAUCUCCAUAUAUUGCUAAUCAUUUUCUGAGUGGUAGUCAAUAUAAACAAAUGGUAGGGCGUGCUGGAAGGGCUGGAAUUGAUUCCUCUGGUGAAAGUAUUAUGAUAGUGAAAAAGAAAGACAGAGAUCAGGUUCUGGAACUAUUGAGUAGUCCACUUGAGAGCUGUCACAGUAGUCUGUUAUAUGAAGAUGGAAAGGGAAUUAGAUCUAUUGUACUUUCAAUAGUAGCUUUACAAUUGACAAAAACACGCAAUGAUGUGUGUAAUUUUAUGAAGUGUACAUUAUGUUGUGUGCAGAGUUUGCAUGACAUUGAUCAGCAGAUACAUCAAGCAAUUGACCAGCUCAUACAUUUAGGUCUAGUCAAAGAGAAAACAGACGCAAAUUGUAUUAUACUAGAAGUUACAAAAUUAGGACAUGCAGCUUUUAAAGGUUCUCUUGACAUUGAUACAUGUCCAGCAAUCUACAAUGAUAUGGUGAAAGCAGCUGAGAAUGGAUUAGUUGUCACAAAUACCUUGCAUUUACUCUAUCUGGUUACACCAAGAGAUAUGAAUGAAAAUAUUAAAAUUGACUGGAUGAACUAUUAUAAAAGAUUUUCAGGGCUAAAUGAAGUGGAAAUUAAAAUCGUUGAAGUGAUUGGUGUUACUGAGAGUUGUUUGGCAAGAAAAGCUGCGGGACAAAAGGUUAAACAGAAUGAUGGUUGUGAGCAGAUUGUGGCCAGAUUCUAUCUCACUUUAAUGUUAUGGUAUGUGCUGAAACGACACAGUAUUUGGGUUGUUGCUGCCAUGUUUGAUGUACCUCGUGGCUUUCUACAGAAUCUCUUCUCAUCAGCUGCUACAUUUGCAUCUUCUCUUCAUAGAUUUACAGAGGAUCUUCCUGAAUUCUGGGCAUUCCAACAUCUUCUUGGUCAGAUAGUGAAGGAGCUUUCUUAUCUUGCUACUGCAGAUUUAGUCCCACUACUUGAAAUACCAGGUGUUAAACAGGGCCGUGCAAGACAACUGUUAAAAGCGGGGUAUAAAACGCUAAACCAUUUAGCUUACACAAGCCCAGAUGAAUUGGUGAAGAAGAUUGAAAACAUGCCAUCAAAGUUAGCAAGACAAAUAGUGGCUGCAGCUAAGAUGGAGUUGAACGAACGAGCUGAAGCUCUGAGGGAGCUUGCAGAGGAAAUAGUAUUAGAUCCAACUAACACUUGA